AUGUUCCGCCACGCGCGCCCGAAAACUCCAGAGAAGCCGCAGUUCCCGGAGAGAAAGGCCAUGUCUGAGUCGUUCUCUUCCGGCGGCUCCAGCCGCCAGGCAGACUUCUUUCCCCCGCCGUCGCGCGCGGCCGCCAUCGCGGCGGAGAAGAAACGGCAGGCGAAGGCGCGCGGGGAGGGGGGGCUGGGGGGGAUCAGGGGCGUGUUCUCCCGCAGCAGUAGCAUCGCUUCUCGCAGCAGCAGCAGCGGCGGCGGCGGCGGUGGUGGCGGGAAGGUGUCAGAGGGAGGAGAGGAUAUGCACGAGGUUCUCCCCGUGCCUGCCCUGCCUCGGAUCCGAACCAACGCCGCCUCGCCGAAGCGGGCGCUCAGCCGCAGGCUCGGGCUAUCGCUGAAGCUCCCCCAGGGGCGGAACGGGGCGAGCGGGGAGGGGGAACGCGGGGGCGAAGGGGGAGCAAUGGGGGGAGUAACCGGGGUAGAUGGGGAAUGGGAGAGGGAAGAGCUGGCGCGGGCGUAUGGGAAAGGGGAGCUGGCGCAGCGGCUUAAGGCCCGAGGGGGGUCUUUGAAAGGGUGUUUUUUUCCGCCCCUGUCCCCGACAAUGGCUGACGAGUUACAAGGAGAGGAGAUUCGCGAGCGCGUUCACCGUCUGCACAGUCUGCAGCUGCGGCGGGAAGAGCGGAAGGCGCUGCGGAGCAGUGGCGGGGAAGGGGGCGUUGGGGCGGGCGGAGGGCGGAAGGGGGAGAGGGAGGCGGAAGGGGAUGCGGAAAGGGGGAUGGCGGAAGGUGAGGCAGACUGCGAGGGUAGGCUGGGCAGAGCAGAGAGAGCGGAGAGAGCGGAGAGGGCGGAGAGGGCGGAGAGGGCGGAGAGACCGGAGAGAGCAGAGAGGGCGGAGAGGGCGGUGGGGGCGGAGAGGGGGAGCGACUCGAGUGAGGAGUCGAUAGCAUUGAGUGAGGAGGCGCACGGGAGCGGGCAGGGAACGGGCGAGGCUAGGACAGUGAUUCAGGCGAUUCUUGAGAAGCGCCGGCAGAUCAAGGAGCAGCGCAAGGCGGCUGCGCGGGCGGAAGGGACGCGGGGGGAAGGGCCGCGGGGAGGAGAGCCGGUUAGGGAAGGGCCGCGGGGGGAAGGGCCACGGGCGGAAGCGCCACGGGCGGAAGCGCCACGGGCGGAAGUGCCUCGGGGGGAAGAGUUACUGAGGAGGGGGGGCGGGGAAGAAGAGGGGUUCGGGGCGGAAGAAGCGGAGACGGGUGCCAGGGCGGAAGGUUGGGGGACGGAUGUAGCAGUUCGAGGUUCGGGUGACAGUAUGGAGAGUGAUUUAAACGGUGGUGGCGCGGGUGGCGUCACGGAAGGUCGGAUUGGCCGAAUGGGCACUGAUGCGGAACCUGCUGGUCCUAUGGUGGGUGGUACGAGGGAGAGCAUGAGGGAUGGGGAGAAGAAGCAGGAAACUGAAGUGGAGGGGAAUGGGGGGGAAGGGGAGAAGAAAGAGGAGAAGGAGAAGGAGAAGAAGGAGGAAGAGGAGGAGGAAGAAGAGGAGGACGGCUGGGAGAGCCCAGAGCCAAUAGAGCGAUCGAGCACGUGUGACGGGCGGAUAGGGGGCAGUCGGGACGAGGACCAGUGGCUGCGAGUCCGAGAGGCAGCCGCCGCCGCUGCUGCUGCAAGAAGAGCCGCUGCGUUGGGGGGCGGAGGAGGGGUGAGGGCUGGGGGGUGGGGGGAGAGAGCGCUUGGGUCAGCGGGAGCAGGGCGGGUGGAGGGUAGUGGGACCCCCCCUCGAGCGCCACACCAUGUGGCGGGUGUUAUAGGCAGUUUAAGUAUACCUCCCAGGAGUCACGUGCGGUCAGCUAGUCACGGGGCGGAUAGUGCUGCUCUGGCUCUCUUCUCCUCCGCUGCUGCCGCGCGCAGGAGGAGGGUGGGGAGCGCAGGAGGCGGAGAUUCGGGUCGUUUGGGUCGUCUGUGGCAGAGGAUGAUUCCAGUGGCAGUGACGCUUACUGCAGCCCUAACCUCCUCCGCCUCUCCUGUUAGCCGCGCUGCUCUGGAAGCUCUCGGGGCUGGUUCGGGGGGAGGCUCGGGCGGAGGCUUGGGGGCAUUGGGAGUGGGAAGGUCCGGACUAGACAGCCCGCUUGUGCGGAAGAAGAGAGACCAGCAGCAGCAGAGGCAGCAGCAGCGGCGGCGGUCGUUUGGUAGCAACCCGGAGCAGGGCCAGGAAGGGACAGAGGAGGAUGGCACCAGUGGCGCUGAUACCAAUGCGGGGGGGUUAGAGGCUAGAGAGGCUAGGGACCCGUGGGCCAACAUGGGCGAGUGGGAGGGUAGAGUGGAGCUUGAAGAAGCAGAAAGGAGUGGAGAGGCGGAGGCAGGGGCGUGGAGGGAAGGGGAGGCGGAGGAGGAGGAGGGGCAUUUGACGAUAGUCCAGAGGGCUCGCUCCCCUGCCCCCAUGAGGGGGGAACACCUCUCCUCCUCGCUUGACUCUUCCUCAGGGCUGUAUAGCCCCUUCCCGCGUGCAUCCUCGUCCUCCCCGCUCCAGUCGCCGCUGCUGCGGUCGCCGUCGUGUGGCGUGCAGUUUGACCACCAGCCGGUGAUCCCGCUGCUGCUGCCCGCGAGGCUGAAAUCGCCCAUGCGGAGGAGCAAGCACGGGCGAGGGCGCGAGGCGCAGAGAGACGGGCAGAGGGAGGGGCUGAACCGAGGGCAUGGACAGGGAGAGGCGCAGAGGGAGGGGCAGAACCGAGCACAGGAGCAGGGAGAGGGGCAGGGAGAGGGGCAGGGAGAGGAUGGUGAGGAGAGGAGGGGAGAGUGUGGGGGUGCUGACAUGCAGUUUGUCCCUCCCAGCAGCAUGCGGGGCAAGGUGGGCGGAGUGGCGCGGACCAGCAGUGCGCCUGCGCGCAGCAUGCACGUGCUCCCGCCACAGGCGCUUUCCAGAGUGCGGCAGGGGACAGAGGCAGACCUGAGCUUCGAAGUGAUGCUGAGCGGUGGUGAGGGGGCGGGUGGUAGGCGGAUAGAGGAGGAAGAAGGGGAGGAGAAGGAGCAGGAAGGGCGGGAGGAGGUGGAAGAGGAGGAGGAGGAGGAGAGAGGGAGCGGGAGAAGAGGGAAGGAGAGCAGAGAGUCAAGCAAAGAGGGGCGGAGUUUGAGACGAGAGGUGUAUUCAAGCAGGGAGACUGGUCCAAGCAAGGUCACUGGUUCGGGUAGGGAGGAUCGGAAGGUUGGGCCGGGCAAGAAGUUUGUCUGGGGUGGGAGAGAUCUGGGCGGUGGAAGCAGCUCGAUGGAACUCUCCUUUUCACGUAUUCCCGUUGGGCGGUUGAAUCUGAGCGAUAUUGAUGAAGAUAUGGCGUCUGCUGCUUUGGAGAGAGAGGAGGGAGAAGAGGAGGGGAGAAGAGAGGGUGGAGGAGGGGGGGGUGCAGGCUCUGAUCUCGCUGCUGCUGCUGCUGCUGCUGUGGCAGGGGUACACGAGGACGGGGAUGGGAUGGGCGGGGGAAUGGAAGGGGGAGAGGGGGCGGGGGACAGGGGCGGGGGAGGGGCAGGCGGAGGGGGAAAAAGGGGGAGAGGCAGGAGAGGAGCGGGGGGCGCGGAGCUGUUUGUGGGGGGAGCAGCGGUGUCUCAAGGAGAAGUGAUUGAUUCGCCAGGGAAGCACAAGGGGUCAAGACUGGCAGCAGGACAGUGGCAUAGUAUCACCUCCUCUGCUGUUGCUGCUGCUGCUGCUGCUCUCUCAGAGGGCGGCGAGUCUGGUGAAGCACGGGCGGAGGGGGUGCAAGAGGAGGGAGAGGAGAGAGGGGAGAGAGACAGGUCAGCUGAGAGGAGGGAGAGGGCUUCGAGCAGUCGGCUUGAGAGGGAAGAGAGAGGCGGUAGCAGCAGGAGGGUAAGAGACGACAGGGCAAGGGAUGACAGGGUUCCUUGUAGAGAGGAGAGGGCACUAGCGUCCACAGGGGCAGAGCGGCCUUUCACUAGCGAGCAAUCCCGGCCGUCGGUUUCUGAUAGGCAGCAGCAGCAACCGCUCAGAUCGCACCGUCCGUACACGGCGAAUGUGCCCUCAGGGCUGGGCCGUGGGGCGAGUCAACAAGGGUCUAUUAGCUCUCCAGCUGCUGCAGCGCCAGGGGCACGCUGGCGCCCGCCGCCUGAGUUCGACGAUGCUGGCCGAGCCGACGGGGGCAGGGCAGGCGUGGGAACAGCAGCAGCGGGAGGAGCAGCAGCAGGAGGAGCAGGGACAGGAGGAGGAGGAGGGGCAGCUGUGUCGAUAAUGUCUCGGCUGGUGAAGGACGCAUUGGCAGGAGGGGAGAGCGACCGGUUCCUGUCGGCGCGGUGCCAGCACGACGACAUUCUCCUGUUUGUGGGCGUGGCUGCGGCUAUCAGCGCGUGGCGCCCUGCCACAGCCGCUGUGAUCCUCCUGCGCGUGCUCGACCGCAUUGCCUUCUUUGAACGGCUUCUGGAGCAGCAGCAGCAGCAGCGGGGAGGGGGAGGGGGGGGUGGUCUUACUCCCAGCAGAGGAAGCGGUGUGGUGACUCCGACGAGAGCGGGUGGGAGCACGCCGACGAGAGGAGGGGGUAUGGGUGGGUUCAGCAGUACGCCUUUGAACAGCACGCCUUCCUCCCCCACCUAUGGCAUGCGUCCCUGGACCACCCCUAUCCAUGCUGCUGGUGCUGCUGGUGCAGGUGCUGGUGCUGAUACCAUGAAUAUUACCACCAGUAUUAGCAUCAGCAUCAGCAGCACUGGUUCUCACCUGCCUCCAGGUGCAGCCUCCCCCCGUUCCACCUCCCCUCAUAAUGUUUCUGUUCUCCUGGGCGGCAAGCGGGCGGGCGCGAACCUGCCUGCGUGCCGCUCGUUUGUCGUGUCGUGCCUGCUGGCGAUUUUGUCCUCUUGUGAGGACCGGGCGGCGACAGCCAUGGCGGCCGCGACGCCAGCGGUGCAGCGGCUGCUGAUGUGGCAGGAGGCUAGUGGGUGCGACGGGGAAGGAGGCAGGGAGGGUGGGGAAGUGUUAGAGGUGGUACUAGAGGAAAGAGAUGAUGGGGAGGAGAUCUCUCUCACUCCUGCUCCCGCAUCUGCCUCUGCCUCUGCCUCUGCUAUUGCGGGUGGCAGCAGCAGCACCACUGGAAGCCUUCGGAAGCAGCCAAAGAAGCGUCGCGGCCUGCUCCCCAGCUUCUCCGCGCCCUCUCCCUCUGUCCCAGGCCCGUCCUUCCGAACCGCCUGGUCCCCCAUGUCCCUCGCCUCUCUCUCCGAAGUUGCUCUAGCUGAAGGCCUAGCCGCUGCCAAGCACUCGAGCCUGGAGGAGCGAUGCGAGGAGCAGGAUCGGCUGUACCUUCAGCUCAGCCUCGGCCCGGGCCUGCUGGCUAUGACGCUGUCGGCAGCCAUGCGGGACCUGCCGAACCUGCACCCAGACGAUACCAUGGCUGUAGCUUCGGCGGUGGAAGGCAUGGGGGUGGAGGAGGCGGCGUUUCAUGCGGGGUUGCGGGCGGUGGCGAGUGGGAGGCUGGGUGCAGAGGGGUUUGAUUCGGUUGUGAGGAUGGUGUUUGUGGGGCGUGGGGUGCAAUCUGUGGCCAUGAGGUUCGCUAAGCUGACAGCUGCAGUGAAAUCAGUGCGGUUCUUGGGCGGCGGGAGCGGGGCGGCCGGCGCACCGCCCGGAGGAGCUGCCGGGGCGGGGAUGCUCGGACUGGGCGGCAGCGCAGGCGGCAGCGCGGCCGGCAGUGCGGGCGGCAGUGCAACCGGCAGCGUGUCUGUAGUAGGCACGUCGGAGAGAGCAGCAACGUCUUGGGGGAGAGCUGGGGUUUCCGCUUCAGCUAAAGAGACUGGCCCUGCCAGUGGUAAGGGUGGUGGAGGAGGGGGGGCGUUGGGAGGGGUCCUUUCUCUCUUCGGUUCGAACACUCCCAAGUGGGCGUCUGCUGCUCUUGCUGCUGCCUCUGCCUGGGGUUCUGCCAUGCAAAGCCGCGGGGGGGUGGAUGGGGAGAAAGCAGGGGCGGAUAGUAAAUCGGAUACUAGGAGUAUCGCUGGAAGCUGCCGGGAAGGUGCUGCUGCGGAUGGUGGGAAUCCUGCUGCGGUUGGGAGUGCAGGAGGGGGGAGUGGGAGUAGCAGCAAGAGGUGGGAUUUUUUCAUGGGCAGUUUCACGGGCAGCAGGGGCGGGGCUGGGGUAGUGGAGGACGACGUUUUGUCGCAGGAAGGAGGGCUCGGUCCGGGCAGUGAAAUUUCUGUCAGCAGUGUUGGUGCCCGUAGCGCUUCUGCUUCUGCUGCUGGUGCUGCUGCUGCAGCUAGUGGUGGUGGCGGUUUUGCGGGUGCUAUUGCUGCAGCCCUUACCAGCACUGCCAGCAUCUACAGUGGUGGUGGCGGCGGCGGUAACCGCGGUAACAACGGUAACGGGUUCGGGUGGGGCGGCGGCAGUAACUGGGGCGGCGGCAGCAACUGGGGCGGCGGGACGAACGGCGCGCUGACACCUGGCAACGGGGGGUGCACGCCACGCGCUCUCACCCCGCGAUCGGCCGCGCAGCACCAGCAGCAGCAGCAGCAGCAGCAGCAGCAGCAGCAGAAGAGCUCUUACGUGUCUGAAUUUGUAGCAGCGGUGCUGAGGAGUGAGGAGAUGAGGAAGCAGCACGCGUGGGCGUAUGAGGUGCUGCUCAACUUCCUCCGCAUCAACAGCCGUGGGGCUCCCAUGGAAGAGCGGGAGCUGGACCUCUGUGCCCGGGUGGUGCUCAACAAGUGGCUCGGCGAAGGCUCCGAGGCUGACCGCGAGGCUCGGGCAGUGGCUCGGGUGGAGAGGAUGGGCAAUCCGGGGUCGGAGGUGGGGUGGCCCAUGUGGCUGCGCAUCGGACGGUUGGUGGAGAGCGAGAUGAGCCACAUGCCUCGCCUCAUGGAGGCCAUGCACGCCCUCUCCAUCUGGCUCAACUACGAUAAACUUGAAGAAGACGGGUCGUGCGUGGACGCGACAGCAGGGGAGGUGUUGGACUGGGGCAUGCACGGGCUGCUGCACGUGCUGCCCGAGGGCUCCUCCGCGCAGACCCUGCUUGACUUGCUUGACCCGGAGGACGAUGACUGGGUUGACCUGUCGCUGGCUGUCGUGGCGCGCAUCGCUGCCUGCCCCAGCGUGCUCUGGCCCGUCAAAGGAGGGUCCGCGCUGUUUGUUGCCAAGCUGCUCACCCUCGUGGAAGACUGCGCCGAGAUGACGCGUGACCAGCAGAGCCGCGCAGUGCAGGUGGCGGUACAGCUGUGGGGGUGGGCCAUGCCCAAGCGCGAGCAGCUGCUGGAGCAGUGCGAGACCGAGGAGGAGGUCAUGGAGGUUCUCGACCGCUCAGCUGCUGCCACGUGGCGCUCUGUUGCUCUGGGAG